UUUGACCAUAAUGUCUCAGAUCGGCUUGGCGCAAGCGUACUGAACGGAAUCACAGGAGUUUGGAUGCCAGUCAUUGUUGUUCCGGAGAGUUACGAUGGCCCCGAGAUGUAUUUGAAUGCUAGAUGUGGAGAUGAGGUAGCUGACCGUGCGUUGAUGGAACAGUUCAAUAUAAAGCUGGAUAGUCGAAGAAUGAUGCCGAUGAGUACCAGAGACGUUGAAGAAAUUGCGAAUUUUGGAAGAUAUGGUGGAUACGUAACUUCUAGAACGCUCCAGGAUUGGGUUGUGAGCAGACAAAGAGCCUGGGGAACUCCGAUCCCAAUGAUUCUGAGCGCAGAUGGGAAGACGGCUGUGCCAUUGACGGAUGAACAGCUUCCCUUGCUUCAAGGGCAAGCGCCCGGCACAAAAGUUGCUUGCGACAGAGGGUGA